UUUAUUUUCUUUGAGAGCUACCGGCCAGAUGAGGAAAGGUUAUGAGUUAUCUUGACAAUAUGACAGACUACCCAAUUAAACCGCGUCAGCCAUUUCCUUAUUUAAUUUUAUUAUAGUAAGAUAUUUUAAUUUCUCACUAUCAUUUUCUUAUUCCCCAUUUUCUCACACCAACUUUCUCAUAAAUUCAAUCAAUGACCAAUCGGUCAAUGACCCAUGACCAUAGCAUGUGCCACUGACAUUUCUCCUAUUUCAUUUUAUUAUAGUAAGAAUUUUCUUGCAACCUGAGCUUGCUUUGCUGUUUGCGAAAAAACCUUCCCUCAUUUCCCUUGAUUUCUUUCAUUCCGAAGAAGAAAAACAUGGCUGAAGUGGGCUUGGCAUUUCUCUCUGCUUCACUCAGUGUGGUGUUUGACAGAAUGGCAUCUCCAGAGGUGGCUGACUUCAUGCAGGGAAGAAAACAAACCGAAAAGCUCUCAAGGAAAUUGAAGACAGCAAUGCGGUCUGUGAAUGCUGUGCUUGCAGACGCGGAAGAAAAGCAACUUACGGAUCCUUUGGUGAAAGACUGGGUUGACGAUUUGAAGGAUGUUCUCUUCGACGCGGAGGACAUCUUGGAAGAGAUUGCUACUGAAGCCUUGCAAAGAAAGCUGGACGCCGAAUCUAGUACUACUGUAGAAAAGGCACUAGACUGCAUCUCUAAUACUUUCCUUGAUACUUUUGUCAAUGAAGUAGAGCCAAAAAUGGAAGAGGUACUUGAUAGACUUGAAGAUCUAACAAAGCAAAAGGAUUGUAUGGGUCUAAAAGUAGGAGUUGGAGGAAAACAACAUCCAGAACAGGUGCUCACUUCUUACGUCUCAGAGUCCGACACUUUUGGUAGGAAUGAGGACAACAACAAAAUUAUCGACUUAUUGCUCUCGUCUGAUGAGAGUGGCAAUGAAAGGUGCGUGAUUGCCAUCGUUGGCAUGGGGGGAAUCGGCAAGACUAACCUUGCUCAACUGGCAUACAACGACAGUCGGGUGAAGCAACAUUUCAACCUUAAAAUAUGGUUUUGUGUUUCAGAAGAAUUUGAUGAGCUCAAGGUAGAGAAAUCUAUUAUAGAGGCAGCAACUUUGUUACCUUGUCCUAAAUUUGAGAAUCCAGAGCAACUUCAAGUUAUACUAGAGAAGAAUUUGACACGGAAGAAAUUUCUCCUUAUUUUGGAUGAUGUUUGGAGUGAGAAAUCCCGUCAUCAGGAGUUCCUAAGCCAACUCUUGCGCUAUGGGACUCCAGGAAGUAAGAUCCUUGUCACCACAAGGAAUGAAAGCGUUGCAUUGGCCAUGAAGGCAACUGCAACUCAUCAUCUAAAGCUAUUACCAAAUGAUGAUUGCUGGUCCCUUUUUGAAAAACAUGCAUUUCGUGAUGGUAGCUCCAAUGCAGAUCCAGAAAUAAAAGAUAUAGGUAGACAAAUUGUGGAAAAGUGCAAAGGUCUACCUUUAGCAAUCAAAGCCAUUGGCGAUCUCUUGUGGUCUGAAUCAAAUGUCGAGAGAUGGACGAAUAUAUUGAAGAGCAAUUUAUGGGAUCUUCACAUGAAGGGGACAGACAUUCUUCCGGCUUUGAGGUUAAGUUAUAAGUAUCUCCCCUCAUACUUAAAAAGAUGUUUUGCUUAUUGUUCGAUAUUUCCAAAAGAUUAUAUUUUAAAAAAAAAAUCAAUUGGUUUUAUUAUGGAUGGCGGAAGGUUUCUUGCAACAAUCUGAAAUAGAAACUAUGGAAGAAGUCGGCAAUCGUUACUUCGAUGCUCUUGUAUCAAGAUCAUUAUUUCAAAAAUCACUUGAAACUUAUGAGUCAGGUUUUGUAAUGCAUGAUCUUGUCAACGACUUGGCAAAUUUCGUAACUGGGCAAUUUGGCUUUACGCGGUUAGAGGGUGAUAAUUCAAAUGAAAUUAGGAAGAUGACUCGCUAUCUAUCGUAUUUCCAUUUCCAUGGAAGUUCGGAUAACUUUGUUAUGGAUAUUGAAGAUGAUCUUUACAAGGCCAAGCAGUUGCGCACUUUCCUAGUAUUAGAUUGUAAGGAAUGGAGUGAAAUCAAAAUGCCAAGGGCACGGUGCUUAAAAGUUCUUUCUCUAUCCGGGAUAAGGCAGCUAACUGAGUUGUUUGAUUCAAUUAGUAAAAUGAAACAUCUACGUUAUUUGGAUGUUUCUAACUCAGCUAUUAAAGAGUUGCCCAAUUCCAUAUGUAUGUUGUACAAUUUGCAAACUUUGAAGUUAUUAUGGUGUUGGAGCUUGGAAAGAUUGCCAAGAGAUAUGUGGAAACUCUUUAAUUUACGUCAUCUUAUAACUGAUGGUUCUUACAAAUUAAAGGAGAUGCCAAUACAAAUGGGUAAACUUAAAUGCCUCCAGACGCUAUCCAAAUUCAUCGUCAGCAAACAUGAUAAUGGGUCUAGCAAUAUUGGAGAAUUGGGAAACCUAAUAAAUCUUCGGGGAGAACUUUUAAUUCAACAGCUCCAAAAUGUUAGAUCAGCCAAGGAUGCUUUGGAUGCAAAGUUGAAGGAUAAGCGUUAUCUUGAGGGGUUGGUGUUAGAAUGGAAUCCUUUAGAACAAGUACGUGGUAUUUCGGAAAGUCAAAGAGGUGUACUUGAAAAUCUGCAGUCCCAUGAAAAAUUGAAACGUCUCACCAUCAAGUACUACGGCGGGAGAGGUUUUCCUGAUUGGAUAGGACACAUAUCCCUUCCGUCUCUUUGUUAUUUGGAGUUAAUAAAUUGUCCAGAAGUUGAUUCGUUUCCAGAAGGGAGGUUGCCUUCCAAUCUAAAGCAAAUUGUGAUCAGUGGGUGUGAGAAACUCAUUGCAAACUGGAAGGGAUGGGAUUCGCAAAUACUCCCCUCUCUUGAGUGUUUGGAAAUUGACGGUGGAUCAGAAAAUGUGGAGUCCUUUCCUGGGGGCUUGUUGCUGCCCACCACUUUGACCUAUCUUAAGAUCUCUUCAUUUCGAAAUUUGAAAUCUUUGGACAAAGAGGGAUUUCAACAGCUCACCUCUCUUGUACAAUUGGAUAUCUAUAACUGUCCAAAGCUCAGGUACAUGCCAGAAGAGGGGUUUCCUACCUCCCUUUGUGUUUUACAAAUAGGGAAGUGUGAUUCUGUGUUGAAGGAAGAGCUGGAAAGGAAAGAAGGAGAAGAAUGGCUCAAGGUGGCUCGCAUCCCCAACAUAAGCGUUGGUGGUUACGAAGUAAUUCAAACACAUGAUCUACAGGCUCUAGAACGGCCCAGUCCGUAUGCACCACGUCCGUUUGAGUACCCAUACAAAGAGAUCUCCUGCAUGCGGAUGAUUGACAGCUAGCUUGCUUUCAGAAAGUGGAGGAUGAUGAUCACACUAUUAGCAAGUUCUGGGAAUGUUGAAAACAACUUGAGUAAAUGGCUGAAUUCCUGAGGAACUCGAGUAUAUAGACUCAGAACAUCUUGGAAGUUUGAACGUUUGGAAGUUUGUAAUAUUUACUUUAUUGUUGUUGGGAACAUUUGUUGGACAUUUAGAAGUUUGUAAUUUAAUUUAUUUUGGUGCAUUUGGAAGUUUGUAAUUUGUUGUUGUUGCCUUGUUGGGAACAUUUAAUUUGGUUUGCACUUAGAA